GCUGAAUGUAUCUGCAAUGUUUCGCGUUCUCUCGUGUGAGCAGGUGAAUCAGUCAGGACUGUGAAGCAGGCAUUCAGGAACUGUGAAGCUCGUGUGCAGCCUCUUUAUAUGUGCGCAGCGCAGGUGCCAGACGCGCGUUUCCAGCCCGCGCUGGUGAUGCGAUGCCCCGCAACCACAGCGGAGAUGAGGGCGGUACUGGUCUCUGGAUGAAAACCUCGCAGCACUAUGGCAUGAAAGAUGUUGAAGCCGGUCGUGAGACCAUGAACAGCGCGACCAGGACAGUCGACAGCCUGCUGACGGCGCCGGGCACAACAGGUGCAGGAGGCUCGGAGAACCAGAGGAGAAAGCAGGGCGCCCGGCUUAGCCUGCUGGGGAAACCGCUCACCUACAGCGCGCAGAGCGGCCGGAGAAACGCGCGCUACAGGAAGCUCCAGAACUACCUCUACAAUGUCCUGGAGCGACCACGAGCCUGGGCAUUCGUUUACCACGCCUUUGUGUUCACCUUGGUGUUUGGCUGUCUGGUUCUCUCUGUGUUCUCCACCAUCCCUGCUCAUAUGGACCUCUCCAAUCACUGUCUCCUCAUACUGGAGUUUGUGAUGAUUGUUGUAUUUGGUCUGGAGUACAUCAUUCGCAUCUGGUCGGCCGGAUGCUGCUGUCGCUACAGGGGAUGGCAAGGACGACUGCGCUUUGCUAGAAAACCAUUCUGUGUCAUUGACAUUAUUGUGCUCAUUGCAUCCAUCGCAGUGGUUUCAGCUGGUAGCCAGGGCAAUAUUUUUGCCACGUCUGCACUUCGCAGUCUGCGUUUUUUGCAGAUCCUGCGCAUGGUGCGUAUGGAUAGGCGAGGCGGUACCUGGAAACUGCUUGGAUCUGUAGUCUACGCUCACAGCAAGGAGCUUGUGACCGCCUGGUACAUUGGCUUCUUGGUGCUGAUCUUUUCUUCAUUCUUGGUCUACUUGGUGGAGAAAGAAUUUAACAAACAGUUCGCCACCUACGCUGAUGCUCUUUGGUGGGGUACGUGUGUGUGGCGUAGCUAUGCGGCUGAUGAGAACUCGGUUUCCAUUGCUACCUGGAAGCCUCAUUUGAAGGCGUUGCAUACCUGCAGCCCUACAAAGAAAGACCAGGGGGAAUCCAUCAGCAGCCAAAAGUUAAGUUUCCGGGAACGUGUGCGCAUGGCCAGUCCUCGUGGUCAGAGCAUGAAGAGCAGGCAGAUGUCGGUGAAUGACCGACGCUCUCCUGCCACAGAGGUGGGGGUGGAGGGCAGCAGCCCUGCCAAGGUCCAGAAGAGCUGGAGCUUCAAUGACCGAACACGCUUCCGGCCAUCCCUCAAGCUCAAGAGCCAGUCACGCACAACAGCUGAAGCUGACACAAAUCUUGGACCGGAUGAUGCUUUUGAUGAGAAGCGUUGCCAUUGUGAUGUGACUGUGGAAGAUCUCUCUGCCCCACUAAAAGCAGUGAUCAGGGCCAUCAGGAUAAUGAAAUUCCAUGUGGCCAAGAAGAAGUUUAAGGAGACGCUUCGACCGUAUGAUGUGAAAGAUGUGAUCGAGCAAUACUCUGCUGGUCACCUGGAUAUGCUAUGUCGUAUCAAGAGUCUCCAGACUAGGUUGGACACCAUUGUGGGUCCACAGACCCUGAGCAGCAAAGCCAAGACCUUUUCUUCUCCUUCCCUGCACUUGUAUUACAGCCAGACCAAGAGGAAACACUCUGCCCCAGGACUCGCCACAGCUGUGGGUCCACAUCAGACACUCAGCACCAAAGCCAGGAACCUUUCCUCUCCCUCUCUACACAUGUAUUACAGCCAAAGCAAGAAGAAGCACACUGGAGUGGAUCAGAUACUGGGAAAGGGCCAGAUUUCGGUGGACAGGAAAGGCAGGGAGAAAAUCCUCCCCGAAGGAGAGUCCUUGGAGCAUGACAUGAGCAUGCUUGGCCGUGUCUGUAAAGUAGAGAGACAAGUACAGUCCAUUGAGUCAAAGCUGGACUCAUUGCUGGAUAUAUACCGGCAAGUGUUGCAGAAAGGCUCCUCUUCAAUGCUUGGUCUGUCUGCUUUUCCCCUGUUUGAGCUGGAUCAAACCUCCGACUACCAAAGCUCCAUCCAUAGCAAGGAUUUGUCAUCCUCCUCCCAGCUUACUGGCAGUGGCAUAUCUCGUUCGGGCAGCAGUAACCUGCACCGUGGUCUUCAUCUUGCUCUGGCCCCCAGUGAACUCAGCUUGGGUACAGGUUACCCACAUUCUGCCUCCUCCUUCUCACCUUCUCCUCUCCUUAACAACCAACCCUCCAGCCCAGACAGUUUCUACCCAGCGUCCCCACCUCCCAUUCUCACCCCCAACAACCUUUCCAGAAGUCACCAGCGGUUAAGUGAGCUGACAAGGCCGGUCCCAACAGUCCAUUCAACCUCCUCGACCCUUCAGCUCCCGCCUAUGGUACCAACGCCUCAAAGUCGGCCUACCAGCCUUAUCCCAGAGACACUGCAGGAGAGCCUAGCCGAGUGUCCGAGCAAUUGCCUGUUGAGUACCCAAACCGAGGCUGAGUCAGACAGGGAAGCCGAGAGUAUUCAAAGCAUGGUACAGCUACGGGACAAGCCCGAACGUAAUCCCAAGGAAGAUGGGUCAUGGAGAAGACACUUGAGCCUUGACAUUGAUCCUCUGAUGCUCGUGUCUUCCACAACAGCUGCCUCGCUUCAGGUCGAGCGUAGGCUCGGUAAGUCUCUUUCCGCUCAGAACCUCAUGCUACCAACUGCUGCGGACUGCCAUCCCAGCCUGUCCACUCGGAGCAGCGGCAGCAGCAACAAUGAGUCCAGCGACCACGAGCCGCUGGCCGACUGGGGCGAUACGGAGCUGUUCAUCAAUGACAAAGAAUUGGACACCACGGAGGGUGACCGUUACCACCUCCACCAACAAAGCACCGAUACGACCUUCUCUUCUGAGCUGCUACGGACAGGAGCCAGUGGGCCAUCUCUCAGCCAGGCUGGACCAAGAGAUGGUCUUGAGUCCCAUAACUUGCCUCACGUAUGCCUCGAAUAACCCCCGGAGCACAGGAACCUCACUGUGGAGACUGGACACAACCUCAUGUCCCUCAUGUGCUUCUUUUCCAAAGGAAAUGGAGCGUCCUGUACGCUCUGUAUGUUUUCUAAUUUUCGCAAGAAAAAGACAUGCUGUUCAUACGUUUAUGUUCAUUCGUACAUAUCAAUGCAUGGACAAUUUGUCAGAAAAGAGAAUUUAUAUUAGCAAGAAACUGUUGGGGAAGAAACAUUUACAAAAAUAUUCCGGGUUCAAUGUAAGUUAAGCUCAAUCAACAGAUUUGUGACAUAAUACUGAUUACCUCAGUAAUCACCAUAAAUGACUGAACAGUGUGUGAAAGAAUGUAACCAUAUGAAGGAAGAUUAUAAUUUUAUAAGCUUACAUUUCUGCUUUCAAAUAGUCCAGAAACUGUCCCCAUUUAUUUUCAUUGUGAGUUCGUCACCCUAACCCAUAUACUUUAUAUGCAUUUAGAAAAUAGAAAACGAGGGACAAGUUGAAAUUAUUGUUUUUUGUGUGUGUGUGUUAAUCAAUAUUAUGCCCCAAAUGCUGUCGGUUGAGCAGAACUUGUAUUGAACCCAUAAUAUUCCUUUAAAACAAUGAAGGGUUAUGGUACUGAAUGAGCACUUCUUUCAGUCUUGCAUGGGAUCGGCAUGUUUAAAAUGCAACAGCAAAUAGAAUUGGAAGUGUGUAUUCACCUGUAGUGAUAAGCCCUCGCUCAGCAUUAGGAUUCAUUUCUCACUUCCUUUUGAAUGUUUGGCGGUCCACUUAUUUGCAUGUGUUAAGAAAUUGUGGGGGGAAUAGCAGAAAACCAGAUGGUCUUGGUCCAAAACCACAUUAAUCUGUGAUACUAUGCAAACUUCAGCCGAUCAAGCAGGGUUUGCAAGCAACUCCGGAAGAAACUCAGAAACAAAUGCAUCUUCACGCUGUAGCCUACACAGAGAUAUGCUUUCUUAAUUUGACUAUGUCCUUUAAAACCUGAGAGUCUUAGCAUUUGAAGAAAGCUGAAUGCUGUUACUAAAGGGAUGGUAUGGUGUGUUUAGGUGUAAUGUCUUGUGAAGAGGUAUUUGUGACAAUCAGGCUUUUUGAAAAGCACUGAUUUCUGAUUUUUCUAAUUCCGAGUCCUCAUGUGGAUAUUUGGCUGCUAAAAUGUAAAAAAAAAAAA